AUGCGGGCUAUUGGAUGCCUCCUGUACGCUGCCACCGGUACUCGCCCGGACAUUUCCUACGCUGUCGGAUACCUCGCACGCUUCUCUGCCAGUCCCACACCCGAACACUGGACGGCCAUCAAGACCGUAUUUCGGUACUUACGUGGAACCGCACGUCUAGGCCUGCACUACAGCUCUGAACAAGGCAAGUUCUCAGGUUUCACCGGUUACUCUGAUGCAGACUGGGGAACCUGCACCACAUCGUCACGGUCGACCAUGGGGUACAGCUUCCACCUGGCCGGAUCUGUCAUCUCUUGGUCCUCCAAAGUGCAAAACCGUGUGGCCGACUCCACCACAGACGCCGAGUACCUCACCCUCUCACACGCCUGCAAGAACUGCUUAUGGAACUGGGCAUCGACACACGAGCUCCCGUCCAGCUGUACGGCGACAACCAAGGUGCUAUUGCUCUCGCCAAGAACCCCACCCUUCACCACCGGUCCCGUCACAUUCGCAUUCGUGAGCACUUUGUACGCGACCAGGUCAGGCUGAGCACCGUCCAAGUCGACUAUGUGGACACGAAAACCAUGGUCGCCGACAUCUUCACCAAGGCACUUGGACCCUUGGUGUUCAAGGUACAUCGUGACAACCUGGGUCUUCGAGGCUAA